AACGCACAUACCCACGUAUAAAUUCUCAAGAAUAUAUAAUAUUUUCAUAAGACGGUGGUGUGAUCGUGACGACGAUGAUGAUGGCCCCACCGGAGAACGGAAUGACCGUCAUCACCGCGGUGGCCAUAGACAAAGACAAGAACAGCCAGCACGCCGUCAAGUGGGCCAUAGAGAACCUCCCGAAGAAAUCCCGCAACCUCAUCCUCGUCCAUGUCAUCGUCCAACCCAACACUCAACCAUCGGAUUGUGUAAUCAAAGAAGGCCGUCCACCAACAAAUGAGGAAGUGCAAAGUCUAUUCCUGCCUUUUCGUGGUUCUUGUGCUCGAAAGGGGGUAACAGCAAAGGAGGUGGUUCUAGUGGGGCUUGACGUUACAAAUGCACUAUCUGAAUACAUAUGUAUCUGUUCCAUAAGCACCAUUGUACUCGGAGCUUCAAGCCGGAGCGUUUUGGCAAGAGCAUUUAAGAACGUGGAUGUCCCGACCAACUUGGGAAAAUCAGUCCCGGAUUUCUGCACAGUGUACGCCGUGUCCUCAAGGGGGAGAGUUCAGACAGUCAAAACAGCAACUCGGUCUCCCGCACCCGCUGCCACCCCUUAUAGCAGGCAGUCGUCUCAGUCAAGCCUCUGUCUCUCUUUUCCUGAUACCCUUUCUUCCUCAGAUCUUUCCAACCAAGGGACAUGGAAAUCUAGUGGAAGCCUAACGGAGUCAUGUGAUGGAGGGAGCAUCCAGAGUGGAAUGUCAGAGAGGCACGUGCAGCCAUGGGACAGCGGCUAUGGCGGCAAGAACAACCCAUUGCCGCCAUUAUCAUCAUCUAAUUACAGCUAUGAGUCUACACCAAGAAGCCCAUGGGACAGUCGGUCCAGCACUAGCAGCGGCAGUAGUGACAGUGGCCAGAUGCCAUUCAACAGGCAGCUUGGCAGCAAGAACAUGUCUUCUUCCCAACAGCAGCCCAACAAGAUUCCUUCCACCCCAUAUCUCUCCCCGGCUGUCAAAUCUAAUACAAACCUGAACCAACGAGGUCGUACUAGAGAUACCUCGUACUGUUCCACGACUGAUUCUGAACUUUCAGGACAAACAAAUUACUCCUCCUCUGUGUCUUUUGAAUAUCUAGAAGCUUCUGGGAACUCCCACUCUUCCAGCGCAGGGGUGAGUUCAGAAUAUGUCAUGUUUCUGUGUUUGAGUUUUAAAGGAACAGUUUUGUUUGACACACUAUAUGAUACAUUACAGGUGGAAGAGGAUGAGGAGAUUAAAAGGCUAAAACAGGAACUGAAGAACACCUUAGAAAGGCUGGAUGAGGCUAGAAGACCAGCAUAUACGAGCAAAGCUGAUGCUGAAGCAGCAGAAAUUGCACGACGCAUAGCAAAACUGAGUUCCCAGCGCAAUGGCGCGUCUAUAGAGAAGGAGAUUCAGUAUAGAAGAUACAGGAUUGAAGAGAUUGAAGUUGCAACAAAUUAUUUUGCAAAAUCACAAAAAAUUGGUGAAGGUGGAUAUGGCCCUGUCUAUAAGGCCGUUCUGGACCACACGACUGUUGCCAUAAAAGUUCUGAGGCCUGAUAUCCCACAAGGCCAGAAACAGUUUCAGCAAGAGAUUGAGGUUUUGAGCCGAAUAAGGCAUCCAAACAUGGUCCUCUUGUUGGGUGCGUGUGAUGAGUACGGUUGCCUUGUCUAUGAGUACAUGGAAAACGGAAGCUUAGAUGAUAGGCUGUUUUGCAAGAGCAACACACCUCCAAUACCAUGGACUACUCGUUUCGCAAUCGCUGCCGAAAUAGCGACAGCCCUCAACUUCCUCCACCAUGCGAAACCCUCCCCCUUGGUGCACCGUGAUCUCAAGCCGGCAAACAUUCUCUUGGACAAGAACUACGUGAGCAAGAUUAGUGACGUGGGGUUGGCAAGACUGGUCCCACCAUCUGUUGCUGACUGUAUCACUCAGUAUCAGGUGACUGCGGCUGCCGGGACGUUCUGUUAUAUUGAUCCUGAGUAUCAACAAACUGGGAAGUUGAGUACGAAAUCAGACAUUUACUCUCUGGGUGUUUUGCUCUUGCAAAUUAUUACUGCUAGGAGUCCUAUGGGUUUGAAGCAUCACGUUGAGAGAGCAAUAGAAGAAGGUAAAUUUGCAGACAUACUUGAUCCAGCAGUAAAAGACUGGCCAGUCCGAGAGGCUCUAUCUUAUGCCAAAUUGGCGUUGAAGUGUUGUGAGCUGAAAGGAAGGGAUAGACCUGAUUUGGGUUCAGUCAUAUUGCCUGAGUUGGAACGACUAAGAAACCUACGAUACAGAAACAGUCCCCCCAGUUAAAACUAUCCGGAAGCUCUCUACCUAUAAUAAAGGUAUAUACUAUCC